AUGUGGGCAACAUCAGUGUUUGGUUGGAUUAGUUGGAAGCAUGUUUUAUUGUCCCGCCAAAAGGAGACGCCCAACACCUCUUGGCCGGCAAAUAAUUACCGUCGAGCACAAGCCGACGUCUUUGACUGGGCACACGACCAAGGUGGUGUUAUUCGUGGUAAAUCUGGUGGACUGAAGCCCGACAGGUCUAGGCGCUCAUGGUCUCCUCGUGAGGAGGAAGUCCUCAUACUAGCAUUGAAGGACCUUGUGACUAACCGUUGGAAGGCCGAUAAUGGGUUCCGAGCAGGAUUCCUCACUCGCGUUGAAGAAUUUGUCCGUCGAGAAAUCCCUACAACAACUGUGAGAGCCCAACCUCAUAUUUCCUCCAAGAUCAACACUUGGAAGAAAUUCUACAAUUCAUUGAAUAUGAUGCUUGACCGUAGCGGUGUUGGGUUCAACUCAGACGGCGACUGGAAGAUAGAAUGCAACGAUGACCAGUGGGCCCAAAUCGUUAAGGCUGACUCUAAUGCACGCUACAUGAGGUAUAAGUCUUGGCCAUUUUACAAUGACUGGAAGUACAUCUACGGGAAGGAUCGUGCAGCCGGUUUGCGGUGCGAGGGCAUGACUCAAGCUUUUGCUAAAAUGGGAGCUGCCCCUUCUCCGUCUGGUGGUGUCUCUUCACCAACUGGUGGUGUUCCUUCUCCCAUGCGUGAGCCUCAUCCUGAUGUGUACAAUAUCAAUCUGGAGGAUUUGUACACCCAAGAGGAGAUCCAAGAAAGCCUCAAUCCGGAUACCGGAUGUGAAAGCUCUUACAAAAGCCACACUGCAUCGAACAAACCUAACCGUAAAAGGAAGGCAGGGUCUGCAUUGGAAUCAAUCUUAGAGGCGAUGUCAAAGAUGAACGAAGACACGAACCAGCGUCUAGACACUUUAACAACCCGUAUCGGGUACGAGUUUGACCUAAGUGCUAAGCGCACUGAAGUUUCAACACUGCUGCGCACCGUCCCAGGUUUGGAUAGAAAGCAAAAAUUCCUUGCUAGCGACAUACUUGUGAAGGAGCCCGAGAGGCUUGACCUUUUUAUGGGAUACGACGAUGAUGAGAAGGCCGACUACCUCAUGCAUAUCCUUGAGGAAAAAAAUGGUAAGUGAUCGCACACCAAAGGGACGACAUGGUUUUGGUGGACUUCCAAAGCCUAGUAGCUCCAAGUAUCCAUUGAUUUAAGUGGUUGUAUGUAAAAGCCUUAUAACUGAACCUCUCGGCAAUAGCCUCGAUCUCUAGCUUUUGUUAUUGGAUACUCAUAUUACUCUUUUGUUCAGGCAUGUAUGUCAGACUAAUAGAACUAUAGGCAAGGGGGUGUCUGUAUUUUUUGUAUGGCCGUGGGUUUGG